GGCGGGGUGGUCGGUUCGCCGUUUCAUCAUGAGUACAGUACUUAUCCAGUACUCGUACGCACAAAAACAUCCAUCACAGCUAUUAUAUUACAAUUUGAUUCAGGAAGUCAAAAUCAAUGAUGGAUUUCUAUGCAACUUCCCAAUACCCUGAGGGGGUGAUCAGCUUCCUUGAUACCGAUCUUUACAAGUUAACGAUGCAAUGCGCCGUUUUAAAAUACUUUCCCACCGUUCGAGUGACUUACGCGUUCAAGAAUAGAACGCCGGAGAAGAAGUUGUCAAGAGCUGCAUUUCGUUGGUUACAGCUUCAGAUUAGCAAACUGGGAAAUAUUGCGCUCAAAGACGAAGAAUUCCGAUUUCUCCAAAAUACGUGCACAUACUUAAACCAGCCUUACCUCGAUUUCUUGAAAGAAUUCCGACUAGAUCCGCGAAACCAGAUUGAGGCUACUUUUGUAGCAGACGAUGACAAGGGGAAAGAUGAGGACUUGGGAGAAGUCAAUUUGGUGGUUAAGGGUUUAUGGGUCGAUACUAUCCUGUACGAAAUCCCGUUAUUGGCUCUAACCAGCGAGGCAUACUUUAAAUUCAUGGAUACGGAUUGGACAUACGACGGACAAGAAGAAAAAGCAUACGAGAAGGGAAUUUCGCUUUUAGAAGGCGGGUGCAUUGUAUCGGAGUUUGGAACCAGAAGGAGAAGAGAUUAUCACACCCAGGCUCUUGUGUUCCGCGGAUUGGUCAAGGCGAAGAAAGUAGGAGAAGAGCGCAAGUUGGCAGGAAAGAUUUCGGGCACGAGUAAUGUUCAUUUGGCUAUGAGGUUUGGAAUUCCUCCUAUAGGAACUGUCGCACAUGAAUGGUUCAUGGGAGUCGCGGCUAUCACGGAUAACUAUAGAAGUGCUACGGCUACUGCAUUGGACUACUGGGUCGGAUGCUUUGGUCAAGGUGUUUUGGGUAUCGCUCUUACAGAUACCUUUGGUACUAAAGACUUUCUCCGGGUCUUUUCUCAGAAAAUCCCAUCUCUCACAACCGCUACUUCGGGGGCAGCUGCUACAUUACCGUCGGCCGAUACACUCACGACUAAUGGAACGACUAGUACGAAUCCGCCUUUGGAUGCAACGGGAGACAAAACGAACGAAGAUUCCCCAACAUUUGCGCAAGCUUUCACUGGUGUACGACAAGAUUCUGGCGACCCGGCAAGCUUUGUAAAGAAGAUGCGUCAAUUCUACGAUGAACAGGGAAUCAAGGAGAAGAAAACAAUUGUUUUUUCCGAUUCCUUAGACGUCGAACUUUGUAUAAAAUACAAGCAAAUUGCCGAAGAAUCAGGAUUCCAGCCUACCUUUGGUGUGGGCACAUUCUUCACAAAUGAUUUCGUUCACACAACUUCAGGCAAGAAGUCGACGCCAUUGAAUAUUGUCAUAAAAUUAAGCUCUGCAGAUGGUAAACCGGCUAUCAAGAUCAGUGAUAAUAUUGGGAAGAAUAUGGGUGAUGAGGUUACAGUCUUGAGAGUAAAAAAGGAUUUGGGAUAUGUAGAAGAGGAGUGGCAGGGAGGUGACGAGACAACAAGAUGGGGAAAGGAAGGAGCAGAUGUUGUGAAGAAAUAAUCGCAAUGUCAGUACUUGGAUCAUAACACAAAAUAUCUUACAUCAAUAUGGUCGGCGUUUUAUGGGAGCGGCUUGCGUUUUUUCUAGAUAUCAAACCCAUUAGGGAUAGAGAAGUAAUUGGUUUAUUGCUGUCAUAGAUUUGUAGAUGGGCGUUAAUAAGAGGAUUUUUUAUGAUAACAAUAAGUUCCACUGCUCGUUCUUCAUGUGCUCUAGCCGCUUGUAACUAUUCAGCGAAAGGUUUGAAUAUGGAUAGAGAUAUCA